AUGUACGGCUCAUACGGUUCAUACAGCUCCAUGGGCGCCGUCUCCAUGACCGCCCCCAUCGACAUCACCCCCAGCAACAUGCUCGCCCACGACCGGUCGUGCGCCUUCCCUUCAUGGCCGCGCCGCGACACCCUCGCCGACUUUGACGGCGAGUCCAGGGCCACCUCGUACCUCUCGGACGAGGACCUCUUCCCCCAGGACUUUGAGGACGACUCCCACAGCGUCGCCAGCUCCGGCAGCUUCUCCUCCCCCAACUCCCGCUCGCCCCAGAUCAACGAGGCCGAGCUUCUCAACAUGGAGCGCGAGCGCAUGGCCAUGCAACGCGAGGCCCUCCGCUGCGUCAUGCUCGAGAAGGAGCGCCGCCGCCAGGCCGCUCUCCAGCAGAAGAAGUCGCAGCGCCGCGGCAGCUCCAAGAAGAGCCCCAAGAACAAGCUCGCUUCCAUGACCCCAAUCGCCGAGUGA